GAUGAAGAGAAGACCGCUGGGUGCACUUUUCACCCAGCUGGUGAAAUUGGCUGUGGGAGGUAAUGGAUCACUCGGCUGGAAGGUUUUCAGGACAAUGAUGCUCUGUGCUCUGAGCAGAACAUUACAACUAGCAAGGCAUUCGUACAGUCCACUGGGGAGACCACUUUGUUCCGCCAGUGCAAAUAAGCCAGUGCUGACUUUAUUCACCAAGAAACCAUGCCCUCUAUGUGACGAAGCAAAAGAACUGCUUGAACCAUAUAAGAGAAGGUUUAUUUUGCAGGAGGUGGAUAUUACCCUUCCAGAGAACUCGGCAUGGUAUGAUGAAUACAAAUAUGACAUACCCGUUUUUCAUUUAAACGGAAAGUUCCUAAUGAAGCAUCAAGUAGACAUUCAAAAGUUUGAGGACCAGCUUCUGAAGCUGGAGUUGCAAAAUGAUGGAAAACAGUAAAGAAAAUGCAUCUGCUAUGGUGUGAA